AUGAAGGAACAAGGUGUUACAGAGGACAGAUUAGUACUUUUGAAGGGUGUUAAUGGCGCAUUCAGGCCUGGUGUUCUCACAGAUUUGAUGGGUGUAAGUGGAGCCGGAAAGACAACUCUGAUGGAUGUUCUGGCUGGUAGGAAAACAGGUGGACAUAUUGAUGGAGACAUCAAGGUUUCUGGUUACCCGAAAAAGCAGGAAACAUUUGCUAGAAUCUCUGGCUACUGUGAGCAGAACGAUAUCCAUUCACCUCAUGUAACAGUUUAUGAGUCCCUGCUUUACUCAGCAUGGCUUCGUUUACCUUCGGGAGUUGAUUCCAAGACCAGAAAGAUGUUUACUGAUGAAGUCAUGGACCUCGUGGAGCUGAACCCGUUGAGGAACUCCCUGGUUGGUUUGCCUGGCGUGAGUGGUCUCUCAACUGAACAGCGCAAGAGACUUACUAUUGCAGUCGAACUAGUGGCUAAUCCAUCUAUAAUUUUCAUGGAUGAGCCUACUUCUGGUUUAGAUGCUAGAGCUGCUGCAAUUGUUAUGAGAACUGUAAGGAACACAGUGGACACAGGAAGAACAGUCGUGUGUACCAUCCAUCAGCCUAGUAUUGACAUAUUUGAAGCAUUUGAUGAGCUAUUCCUUAUGAAGCGUGGAGGGCAAGAAAUAUACAUUGGACCACUUGGUCGUCAUUCUGUUCAUUUGGUCAAGUAUUUCGAGAGUAUUGAAGGGGUGAGUAAGAUCAAAGACGGAUAUAAUCCAGCAACAUGGAUGUUGGAAGUUACAACUACAGCACAAGAAUUUAAUUUGGGUGUUGGUUUUACUGACUUGUACAAAAAUUCAGAUCUAUACAGGAGAAAUAAGCAACUUAUACAAGAACUUGGCCAACCUGCUCCUGGUUCAAAUGAUCUUCAUUUCCCUACACAAUUCUUGCAGUCGUUCUUGGUCCAAUGCCAGGCUUGCUUAUGGAAGCAACGUUGGUCAUAUUGGCGUAAUCCACCAUACACUACUGUGAGGUUUUUCUUCACCACAUUCAUAGCCUUGAUGUUUGGAACAAUGUUUUGGAAUCUCGGCGGCAAACAGGCAAGUAGACAAGACCUGUUUAAUACCUUUUGUUGA